AUGGCUUCGUGGACUCGAAAACCAGAUGUAUAUCCUUUUGAAGCUAUUGAAUUGGUCAUCAGUGCAAUAGUACCAAUUGUUUUAAUCGUAGUUGGAACUCUGGGUAAUAUUACAUCGAUGAUUAUUCUAAUGAAUAAAAAUAAUCGUCGAACAUCAACCAAUAUUUAUUUGAUAUUUUUGUGUCUCAUGGAUACAAUAUCACUUUAUCAAUGGAAUCUUUCCAACACUUUACCCUCAUUCCCAAAUAGCCAACAACAGAUAUGGGGCAAUUCAGUGAUUAUGUGUAAAUUAAGUGAAUUUUUCUCAUUUUAUACUUUGCAUACUUCAGCAAUGUUUCUGACACUCGUUGAACUCGAUCGGGCGUGUUUAUUGAGAAGUCGAUGGUAUAAACGAAAAAUCGCACAACCAAGUGCUGCUCUAAUUGUUUGCGCUUUCGUCUUUGUCAUCCUUUUCUGUGUCAAUGGUUUCUUAUUUGGCUUAGGCUUUGAAUACUCUAUCUAUGAUAAUACCACGGGCCUAUAUCAAACCUAUGUCGCGUGCUAUUAUUCAAUGAAUCAACAACUGAAUGAUUUCUUUGUAAUUCAAUAUCCAUGGAUUCAUCUUGUCAUUAUGUAUUUCCUACCGUUCGGUUUAAUUAUUAUUUGUACAUUAUUAACAGCGAAAAAGCUAAUAUUUAGUCAGACAGCAACAAAUGAACAAAUAACACGUAGCAAUCAGCGUAAUCGACGAAUUUCUAUUAUGUUAUUAUUAAUGUGUUUAACUUAUGUUAUUGCCACAUUGCCAAAUCGCCUUUGUUUUUCGGUUUUCUCAUCUCUCAUCCUUGGACAUGAUUAUACCGAUACAUGCAUGGCUUUCGACGAGACAUACGCUCCUUAA